AUAUCAUUUAGUUUAAUGGCGCCAUUGUAUAAACCUAAAUUUAAUUUGUCGAUUAUAAAAGGGUAUUUCCCUGAAACAAAGGGAAUUAUUUCCAGACAACAUAUCUUAUUCUUUCAUUAUUUUUUUAGUUUGAAAUUAGACACCAUAAGAGAAGAAAACAAAAUGAGUCCUCCGGUUGAAAUACAACAAGAUAUCGAAUUCGCACACGAGGUGGAAGAAAGAUGUGUGGUAAUUUCAGAAAGAAGACUGCGGAGCACGCUUACAGAGAUUUUGAGGAACAGUCCAGAUACUAAUGUUACACCAGAACAGAUUGAACAUCUUAUAACUCGUUUGGAGGAGCCGGCUGAUGAAGAUAACGAAGACGGACAAAACGACGAUGAAACAGACCUUAUCUUGAGUGAGGAAGAGAGACUAGAAAUCAGACGGGAAGGACAGCUGUUGGUGCAGAUAAGUGAAGUGUUCAUCGAUAAAAAGAAGAGGCAGAAAAUUACACAAAUUGCUUCGACGACCGAUCUGAAACGUUUGGACUACGUAAAAUUUUGCCAAAUAAUGGCGGACCUAAGAAGUGAGGGUUGGACAGCGUUGAGUGAAGAGCUUGUCAUUGUCAUGUGUAUGUACUUUAAAGAUUUGAUCUUUCGAGCACUACAAGAAGGAGAAAUUAUAAAGUGCGUCCAAAUUAUUGGAUAUUUUUUUAAAUACCUGAAAGAAAGCAGAAUGGUGAUGGCACUCAAAGAUGUUAUCAGUUUCGGCUUACUUAACAAAAAGAUUGUCAUUGCCACAGGAAUCUUAAUUUUGUCAUCGGCCGCCUACUUUCUUUAUACGCGAAUGAGAUGAGCGCACGUGGUUACACUUGGGAUGAACGAGUUCGAAGAAAUAAGUGAGACGAUUUGGGAUGCGUCUUGGAUGAACGAGUUUAACGUCAUAUUGGUUGGUUGUUACUUUAUUUACACGUUUUUUAUAUAAGAAACAUGUUUUUUAGUUGAGGUUGAGAUUAUAGGUACUUUUAACUGCCACUCGCAAAAUAUUGAGAAAAUUGAAAAAGUAAAUUGAUAGAUUGACAGAGGUCUUUCUAAAACGAAUGUUCUGGCUAUAAAACUUGCGUAUGACUUCUUAAAUUUUCAGAAAAUCUUCUUUUAAAGUUAAGAAACAUCUAGACUGAACCCAAAAAAGUAUGUGUCGCAUAAAAAAGACGUGUCAGAAUUAAAACGGGCUUGCUAAUUAUUUGAUGCUCAAUUUUGCUUCGAAUUUGAUCCCAGUUUUUUCUUACCUUUUAAAAGUCGUAUUUACAAACAGCAAAAUUGCGCAUCUCUCUGAUUUACAGUGUAAGGUACUGAAUUUUUCUUAUUGACUUAUUUAUUUUGGGUUUCUUAACCGAUUUUGUUUUAUAAAAUCCACACAAGAAGUAAAAUGCUCCAAAGUGGAGUGGUUGUAAAUAUUCUAUAACUGUACGUUUUCGUAACUUUUUAUGCAUGUAUUAUUUAUAUAGUUAUUAUUAAAUUAUCGAAAUUAUUCUGUUAAAAUGACGUCUUGUUUUUACGAA